ACAUUCUUUGUUAUAAUACCUCACUGUAUCCAACAGAUACUACUGCAUACUCAAGCUGAACUCUGCACCCUAUGGAUGUACGUGUUCUAAACAGAAGUCGAACAUGUGUUUUUGGGGGGAGUACUUUGAGCUAGAUCUCCCACAGGUCUCGAGCAUCUGCAUUGAGCUUAUGAGAGAAGCUGACAAGAAGUCAGUUCGUAAGAAGAUAGGGACAGUAGAAAUUGAUUUAAAGCCAUCCAGUCCAGGUCAGGUAGCCUUGGAGGAGCAGUGGUAUCCAGUAAAGGUUGAUAAACCAGACAGAGAAGUACCUGCCCUAAGAAUUAAGCAUAGAUUUCAGUCUGUAGACAUCUUGCCUCUACCUCAGUAUGGCUCCUUCCGUCAGUACCUCAAAGAAAAUUCAACGUCCCUUUGCCAACUCCUUGAGCCUGUUGUAUCUGUCAAAGCAAAGGAGGAUAUCGCAACAACUCUCAUUAAUAUCAUGCAAGCAGAAGAAUGUGCUAUCCCCUUCCUCGUCAACCUUGUUUUUACGGAUAUUCAGCGGAUGGCUGAGAAUGAGCAUCUCCUCUUUCGUGGGAACAGUGUAGCCACAAAGGCAAUUGAAGCGUAUAUGAAAUUAGUUGGUGAGCAGUAUCUUCAUGGAACCUUAAGAGAACCAGUUCAGGCAAUUAUUACAGCAGCAGAGGACCUUGAGGUUGAUCCUCUCCGGAUUACUAACAUCCAGUCUCUUCAGUCUCAACGGAAUGCUCUGAAGGAAUGUGUGUCUGUUAUAUGGGAGAAGAUUCUUCAGUCUGGUCGGAAUUUCCCUGUGGAACUGCGCAAUGUGUUCCACACACUGCGAGAGCAACUCUCUCGCCAGGAGAAAUGCGAACUGAUCGAUAACCUCAUCUCUUCAUGUGUGUUCCUCCGGUUCCUUUGUCCUGCUGUCCUCUCUCCGUCACUCUUCAACCUAACAAAAGAGUAUCCCGAUGAGCGAGCUGGAAGGAACCUGACGCUGGUAGCGAAAACACUACAGACACUAGCCAACUUCACUCUUUUUCAGGGAAAGGAAAAUUUUAUGGAAUUCCUGAAUGAGUUCAUAAGUAAGGAGCAGGAACGAUGCAGAAGUUUCUUGAGAUCCAUCUCUAGUUCUCCAACUGAAGAGGACAUCAUUCUUGAGUUUGAUGGGAAGAUUGAUCUGGGGAAGCAUUUGGCUCUACUUCAUCUCCAUCUUGCAGAUGCCCUUGCAAAAAUAAAUACACAGGGUUAUGAGAGUGAAGCUAGCAGAGUUUUGGCUCUUGUUGAUGACAUCAGCACUCUCUUAGGUGGAGACCACAAUGGAGCGCCUCUUGUAUCCCGACAGUUGUCUACACAUGCUCAUGUGUGUACUCCACCUCUUGUGUCUAACCCAUCACUCACAGCCACGCCAACGCACAUCAGAAAUAAUUACAUGAGAGAAGACUGUGUGGAUGGUGUAGUGGAGAGCCCAUUGAGCAUGGGGUUGAUGGGAGGAGGUGUGAAUAUUGGUAUGGGUCCUCCACCAACUACUACUCUGAAGUCACAGUCACUACCUCGAGCUGCAACACCAAUCUACUCCCAACACCAAAUAGCCAUUGGAAGCCCUGGGCUUAACUUCUAUCGAGACAAGACCGCAGCAAAUGACCUGUCCACCAAUGAUGAAUAUGUUCUCAUAACAGCAAUUGAUCAUCGCACAGAACCACAGAAUUACAUGUUUCCCUCUAUAGAAGCGAACAAUAACAAUACACCCUUGACGGAUGUGCGACUCAGUAAUGGAAACACAUAUUAUAUGGCUGAAGUGGCCUCGCCUGGAUCACCGCUGCGUCAGGGUGGUUCACCAUUACCCAAUCACCCAGGAAUUAUGCACCAACCUUUGCGUGGCCAUCCACAUACUUCUCACCAACCACGUCUCUAUCCCAGAGCCACAGCUAUGUCCUCAAGAAGCCAUUCAUUGAGUGGAGUUCCUCAACCAGCUGAAAGGCGUGCUUUAUACCAAGAUGAGUGUUCAGAAUUGUACAGCUACAUGGAUUCCUGCUCACACCAAAUAAAUGCUCUAUGCAUGGACAGUGAAAAUAAUAUUCAGGGAUCACAAACAUCAAUCUCUCAACUUUCAAAUAUUGCAUCCUCAGGAUACCAAAGCAUUGCAUUCUCACAAUCAUCUUCCCCAGUUGACUCUCUCUUACACACUGAUAACUCCAGUUUACUGUCACGGGAAAAUGGAAACCCAGGAUUGCCUGGGCUUCGACAAAUUCUGCAUGGAUCCCCAUUAGCCUCACCCCUGCAUCAUGCAGCUGCCUCCAAGCAUCGUGCUGUGGCAGUACACCCAGCACACUUGGGGCAUGCAGGUCAUGUGUCACUUCAUGGUACUCCAAGACACAUCCCUAGAGUUUCUCCACCCAAAGGGAGUCCAAACAGCAGUCUCAGUUCCUCGCAGAGUGUAGAGGAUCUUUCCUCACUUCGCCGGGGCCGCACCCGCCAGCGUCGCUCUGCUUCAUCAUCAUCCGAUUCUUCUCCUGAUACACGCCCUGCUUCGCACACUCAUGCCCAUUCUCGCCGUCCCCAUGCUCAUCCCCCUCGCACCAAUCCUCACUGUUCUCCACGCUUGGCACCAAAUACAACAUUAAGGCAGGAACUUAGAGCCAGGUCUCGCCAUGACCGUAGCAUUAGUGGAAGAAGAGGAAGAAAUAAUAGAUCUUGCGACAGAGAGGACUUCCCCCGAGGAACGACUCACUGUUAUGAAGAUUCCGAAGACGAUGUGAGUGUUGCAACCAGGUCAUCAGGAGGAGCUGGUAUGGGCAGCUGGAUGAAGGAUGGGCGGCACACAAGUCAGGAAGAAUACCAGUUGUCUCUCAAUAUGGCUCCACAGAAAUUACUAGAUCAACAAGAAGACCAAAUGAGAAUCAUAGUUGAAAGAUUAAUGAGCAUGGAGCAAGAGUUUCGCCAUGAACAAGAGAUAAUGCGAAGAGAGAUGCAUAAUAAAGAUGCUCGUAUUGAUGCUCAAGCUAAGAAAAUUGCAGCCCUGGAUUCUGCAAAUACUCAACUUAUCCGCACUAUUGCUUCUCUGAGUUCAAGAUCAGGAGAAAUAAAGCAAGAACUACCUGCUGACAAUAACAUCGAUUCAUGCAAUGCAUCCGACACGUCCGAUUACAAAAGCUCCUCCUGUUGAUUAUCCAACUAAUCCUCUUAUUCUCUAUAAAUUUUAUUUGAAAUUGUUAGAUUACUGUAAAUAAGCAGUAAUGAAAAAUGUAUAUAAUAAAGUAGAUACAAUAUAUUAAACAUUUAUGCACAUGCAAAUACUGUUUGUAAAAAGUGGUGUGAACACACGUUUGUAUCCACUAUACCGAGCACAUUAUUGUGCGUUUCCAUAUUGGGCAUUUAAGUACAAUUUUUUUUUUUAUUCCUAUUACUUUGUCUCCAGUAAAUCUCUCGAGUUUCCACUUCAAAUAUUUACCUCAUGUGGCCCUAUAUGUACCGUUUCUAUAACAAUUAUAUUUUGACAUUCCAUAACUUCUAUUAAAAUAAUUUUUUGGUACACAAAAGUAUUCUCUUUGACUUCAAGCAAUUCUAUAUGGUCUUCACAAUACCCCCACAUACUGUACAUAUGUAUAUGUGUCAAUGCAGACAUUGUAUACUAAAAGAUCUGACUGUAUACAAUAUCAUAGUAUAUAUCUAGACUCGUAUUGGAUUACAGUUAUCUUUUUAAAGUGUUAUAUUUAAAAAAAAAAAAAUGCCGAAGAUUUUCAUUUCAGUAACUGGAUUAGAUAUCUACUUUUUAGAUAGUCCAUUUUUUAAUUUGUAAAUAGAACUGCAAGACAUGCUUUAUAACUUCAUUGUAUACAGCAUGUUAAGUGUGGACACUUUGUACAGGUAUGCUUUAUUUACAUAGUAGUUCUUUGUUAGGAACAACUAAGAACACCAAAGAUUAGAUUUAUUGGUCGUCAUUUCUCAAGCUCAACGUCAGUGCAGUGCGUCCGACUCACUAUUUUAUGUACAUUAGCAUACUGUAGAUUUAUUGUAAAUAGCUAUAAAAUAUAUUUGUUCAUAUUUAGUACACAAGAAAAGACAUGUGUAACUUUUCCACAUUUCCUGAUACUCGUCAUUGUGUAUCAAAGAAACAGUGCUUAUGAAGCACUCUAUACUUGGAAGGCCAAAGGUUUAUCAAGGUUGUAUAUUUCUAAGUCCACAUCAAAAUGUGGAUUGUGACAUUUAUACUAAACAUGUAAUAGAAAAAAGUAAAUUACUGAUUAUAAAUUUA